AUGGUGUCGAUGCGGCACACGAUGAGCGCAUUGCCGGCGUGCAUGCUCGCGCUCAUCCCACUGCCAUCGCUCGUCGAUCGUCUGACGCCGGCCGCCCAGCGCUGCGCCAGGCAAUGGUCGCUCGAGGCCUUCGACAGCCUUGCGCACGUGUUGCUGCUAUCGGUACUGUUGCACGAAGGUGGUCUCGACGAAGCGCCGGGUGUGCGCAGCCGG